AUGGCCUCAACCUUGACAACUUCGGUCGCCUCGAAAUCAUCGAAUUCCAUUUCGCCACAAUCCGAUGCCCCAUACAACGAAUAUCACGAGCGAGAAGGUCCGCUGGUCGGACAAAAAUACAAAAAAACGAAAGCCAGUUUCAAUCAGGCUUCCAGUGUACCGACAAUGAACAUAGGCACGCUUCUGUCUCUUCGUAUUACAGGACAUGCACUUGUCUGUCAAAAAAAGUACGCCAAAGCCGAAGCUAAAUACCAAAUCGCCUUCAAUGGGCUCAAGGAAUCCCUUGGAUGGCAACAUGAAGAGACGCUUUCGUGCCUUAAUGACCUAGGCAUUUCUCUUUACCAUCAAAACAAGUUCACUGAAGCCAAACGCAAAUACCAAUCGGCCUUUGAGGGACUCAAAGAACUCCUUGGACCACAGCAUCCAAAGACGCUUGCAUGUCUUCAGCACAUAGGCAGUGCUCUUUACCGCCAGGCCAAGUACAUCGAAGCCGAAUCAACAUACAGACAGGUCUAUUGGGAACGCAGAAAAGCUCUUGGAGCACAUCAUAAAGACACUUUAUCGGCCUUACAGGACGUUGGCGAUGCUCUUUUAUGUCAAAACAGAUACAUCGAAUCCGCAGCAGAAUAUCGGAAGGUCUAUAGGACUCGCCAAAGAACUUUGGGAGAACGCCACCAGGACACUCGCUUGGUCCUUUUUAAAAUUGGCAAAGCUCUUGAAUACAAAAAUCCCCACGCUGCAAUCAUAGGAAAAAGCUGA